CACAUAUAAGGGUCACAUAUAAUUGUUUCGCAAUAGAGUAUAUCGGCGAAGGUGUUUCUGGCGAGGUUUGGGCUCAAACAUUCCUGAAUGUCAUGCUAAAGCCCCUAACUAAUGCUAGCUGUGGUCGGAACGCUGCGUGUGUAUCUGUGCUGAAAAUACAUUUUGGCGGCAGCACUUUUUUUUUUAUUUUAAUUUAUUUAUUUUUUGUUGUUGUUAUGUACCAUUUGAUUUACAACACUCGGACUUUGUCACUUUUUGUUAGUUUUAGCUGCUUUUAAGGGUUGUUUAGACACUGAACGCUAACUCCGGGCUACAUUAGCUUCGAUAGGGCACGCGGACGUUGCGAGCUUUAAUGCAAUGCUGUUAACGUCAGACCAUGCAGUCUGUUACAAUAAGCAUGUUGAAAGGAGUCUCUUGCAGUCAUAUUUUCUACAUACAUUAACGGUGAACUAAGUUCAGACUGUGUGUUAAAAUCGCGUUUGAAUUUGAGCAUGACUUCCAAAUGAGAAGGCAUCUUGGAUUUGAGUCGCGGGUGGGGCAAAAGGGGCUGCUGGGUUUGUGCCAUGCAAGCAACUGUUCACGCCAGUGUAAUACAAUGCCUCUCUUUUGGUUCUCUGUUUUUACAUCAAGUACCACCUAAAAAAAAAACCGCUGUCCAACUACCACCAUCAUGACCGACAUGAAAAUACUAGAGCAUAAUAGGCCUGUGUUCAUCAGUUUUUAUUUCUAGGCAGUACACUACCAGUCAAAAGUUAGGAGUCACUUCUUCGUUCAAUACCAUGGAUUCAAGUGUUGCUGUCAUGGCCACUAAAAAGUCGGCCACGAAGAGGAAGUCAGACUCUAUCCCAGAGGUGAAAGACUCUAAGAAAGUGAAAGUUUACCACAGGAGUCAUGGUAAGGAGCCGGGUCACAUUCUUGUUCUGGGCCAGGGUGAUGUUGGACAGCUGGGUUUAGGAGAGGACAUCACUGAGAGGAAGAAGCCAGCUCUUUUGUCCCUACAUGAGAAAAUAGUGCAGGUGAUAGCCGGGGGCAUGCACACUGUGUGCCUCAGCGACACUGGUGUGGUUUACACGUUUGGCUGCAAUGACGAAGGGGCCCUUGGUCGAGACACAAAAGAAGAGGGGUCUGAGAUGUCUCCCGGGAAGGUGGUGCUUGAUGAGAAGGUGGUGCAGGUGUCUGCAGGAGACAGCCACACAGCCGCACUAACGGAGGAGGGAACCGUGUAUGUGUGGGGCUCCUUCAGGGAUAACAAUGGCGUUAUAGGUCUCCUGGAUCAUUUGAAAACAACUGUCGUUCCUACAAAGGUUCCCUUGACAGAAACUGUUGUGAAAGUUACAUCAGGUAACGACCACCUUGUAAUGUUGACCGUGGAGGGAAAUCUUUACACGUCGGGCACUGCUGAACAGGGGCAGUUAGGAAGGGUGCCUGAACAAUUCUCAAAUCGGGGAGGCAGAAAAGGCCUUGAUCGUCUGUUGAUUCCUCAGAUGGUCAAACUCAAAGGGAAAGUUCACUUCAUAGACUCCUUCUGUGGAGCGUACUUCACAUUUGCUGUGUCCAAAGAUGGACACGUGUAUGGAUUCGGCCUCUCCAACUAUCACCAGUUGGGCACCAAGAGCACAAAGAUGUGUUUUGCCCCUGUGAAACUGACGACCUUCAAAAAUUCUACCACAACCUGGGUUGACUUCUCUGGAGGACAACACCACACGGUCUGCCUUGACUCUGAAGGACAGGUGUACAGCCUGGGCAGAGCAGAGUAUGGGCGCCUUGGCCUUGGUGAAGAGGCUGAAGAGAAAAGCGAACCCACAGCCGUCAGUGGGGUUGAACCAGCCAGCAGAGUGACAUGUGGGGCAUCAGUCAGCUAUGCUGUCACAAAAGAAGGAUCUGUGUACGCUUGGGGAAUGGGCACCAACCUCCAACUUGGCACGGGUCAGGAGGAGGAUGAGUGGACUCCUGUGAAAAUGACUGGCAAACAGCUGGAAAACUGCACAGUACUGAUGGUGUCCAGUGGAGGGCAGCACACGGUCCUUUUGGUCAAAGACAAACAGGAAAGCUGAUGAGCCUCUCAGGCAUGUUAUGAUGCUUCAGCCAUGUUCACUGUGCCUAAAAUGAGGGGUGGUGGGGAAUGAUCAUUGGUGUCUUAUUGUGGCUCCAUCAUGGCUGAGUGUCAGAGCUGAGGUCAGGUAGUUGACGCUCUUGUUGAUGUGGCUACAUAAUGGGGGACAUUUUCAGUAUGAAUACAAGGCUAUUUUUUUAAAAAACCCUAUUCCUCAGAUUCCCUUUGUCGCAUUUUCAAUAAAAAGUCAUUCGUGUGACUGUGAGCUGAUGUUUGGUAUUUGACUGUUAGUGUACAUAAGAGCAUUUUUAAUGAGUUGUCCCCAGACUGGACAUUUUAAAAGAAUGCUUUUUUCCCCCCCUUUAGAUCAACAAUUGCUUGGGUUUUGGUUCAGACAAGACAUUUAUACCAAUUGAAUUUGUCAAGCUGCUCUUCAGAAAACGAAAUGUUUUCACUGUUUUCUGUUCACUGUUCUGUGUUUUGCUACUGUUCCUGUCUGGGAAUAAAUUUUAAUGUUUUA